AUGCCCAAGGCAGUCUCAUCGCCCGCUCCCAAAUCCACCAAACAGCCCAAAGUAAAGGGCAUCAAGUCAAGGACCUACGCCGGCUUCUUACCGCUUCCCCUCAUCCUCCCCUCCCCCGUAUCCAUCCCCUCCUCCUCCGGCUCAUCAUCAAAAUCAACCAAACAAUCAAAGCACUACAUUUACUGCAGAGAACACAAGCCCAAAGCGCCCCAGAGCAAAAAGGGCAAAUCUUCAGCUGAAGGCAGUUCGGACGACCUGCCCGCGGGCAGAACCUUGUUUGUGACGAAUCUGCCGGCGGAUGUCACGGAGAGGGAUUUGAGGACGGUGUUUGGAGAAUGGGGUGUGGUGCAGGAUGCGCGGAUUAGUGGGAAGGAGACGGGGGAUGUUUUGGAAGGUGUUGUCCGUGGUCUUUCUGCCGAGGAGAUCAAUGAAGAGGAUGAUGACUCUGAAGCGUCCGAGGGCGAGUCUGAGGAAGAUGACGAUGAGGAGGAUGAAGAAAAGGAUGAGAGGGAAAAUGCUACAUUCAAAGGCGACCUCCUUACCAAGAAACAACGCCGUGCCAACCGUCGGCGAGAUGCCCUCCUCGAAUCCAUCCCUCCCGUCUCUCCCUUACCUUCGCUCAGCCCAAGAAGCGUACCGUUCGGCCAGUCGGGCCUUGCAGCGGGCUACGUUGUUUUUUUGGAUGAAGUCUCCCUCAGCAGACUCCUCGCCUCUGGUGGUAAAGAGGUCCAGGUCGCCAAGUACGCGCAAGAGCCCACCGGCCUGUCAUACUAUGACCAACUCUACACCUCCCUCCGCCCGUCUCUCGACUCUGUCAGAGAAUUCGCAAACACCUCCAUGGCGCACUUUGACCAUCUCUCCUCCCUCCUACUCUCUUCCCGUGCUCGUGCCCAGGGCGCUGGUGCGCUUGUCGAUGCCGAUGGGUUUACUGUCGUUGUGCGAUCGGGUAAGUAUGGCAGGGCAGGAGCGAGAGGCCAAGGAUGGGGAGAAGGGAAAGGUGGUGUGGGAGUUGCUACGAGGGGGUUCGAGAAGAAGAAGGGAAAGCAGGGUGUUGGAGCGAGCGCGCUGCCAGACUUUUACAAAUUCCAGGCUACAGACAGGAAGAGGCAAGACCUCGCCGAUCUCAGACAAAAGUUCGAACACGACAAGGCCAGAGUCGAAGAGCUCAAGAAGUCUCGUCGUUACAAGCCAUACUAG